GUUUUCUAUUGUCACGUUUCUCAAGGGUCGAUUGAAUUGGAUUAUAAACGAUUGAAAACCGAGCUUAUUCCAAUUCAAUCAUUUACGUAAAUUGCCCUUGAAAUAUCCAAGUCCAGAUCAAUAAGCGCUUUUUGUCGUGCAUUAAAAGUUUUCAUAUUUUUUUAGUUGUUUUUUGGUGAAAGUUGGAAGACCUAAAUUUACAAUGUAUUUUUAAAUAUUAACUGAUUAUAACUGCGCUUCUAUUCUCUGAGAAGUUUUUUUAUAAAUUGAGACAAUUGAAAGACAACCAUUUUUGAAGUAGAAUUGUGCCGUUUCCCUAUACUUGUUUUCUACAGUUAAAAAAAAAUCCGAUUUCCGAUUUGAAAAACCUGGAACAUGGCUUUGCGGCUUUGCCAAAGGCUGGCCGGAACUGGUUUGACGGAAGACCAAGCCCUUUUCCGUACGGUAGUUUCUGUUUAGGUACACCUUUCCUGCCACCUGUCAAACUAGAAGUUUGGACAUUUGACAUUCUCACAUUCUGUUUUUGGAACAGAUGACUGUGAAGUUGGGAAAGGGAUGUGUUUGUAAUUGUUGCUCCUGAAAACAUUAAUAUUUUUUAAUCAAAGUUUUUGAGAUUUUCGAUUUUAAAUGUCAAGAUGGAAAAUAUUGAGAAAAACGUGGUGCUUCUUUUGAAUGGAAGAGAUGCCGAAGAACCACAGGAUUUCUGUGAUUUCACACUUGAAGAUCAAAAUGAAGCUGCCAUUUCAAAGGGUCUUGCUCCUUCUGCACCACCAGAUUUUGUUCCCAUCUUGAAACAGUCUGUGUGCUAUGUUGUGAUGGCUGUUAUCAUCAACGAAAAAAAUGAAAUCUUAAUGAUGCAAGAAGCUAAAAGUUCUUGUGCUGGGCAGUGGUAUCUUCCUGCUGGUAGAGUUGAACCGAAUGAAAGCAUAAUGGAUGCAUUCAAACGAGAAGUUUUGGAGGAAACUGGUUUGACAGCUGAAGCAUCAACAUUAUUGAUGGUGGAAUCAGCUGCUGGAUCAUGGUACAGGUUUGUUCUGGCUGGGAAUGUCACAGGUGGCUCAAUCAAGUUACCUUCUCAAGCAGAUUCAGAAUCUCUGCAAGCCAAGUGGGUCCACAAUUUAUCUGACCUCAGCCUGAGAGCAGGCGAUAUUCUAUCUAUAGUUGAACAUGCUCGCUCCUUCAAAACCCAGCUAGAAAGUCAGCAAGCAUUCCACCCCUCUCUUCUUCCUACGCCUCGCUCAUAUACAAAGUUAUUUUUAAGAUUGAUCAUCUGCGCACGACGUAAAACAAACAAUAGAGUACACAUCUUAGUAUCAGAAAAGACGGCGGCGCAUUUGCCCAUUUGCGAAAUUCACCCUGGUCGAAGUUUACACGCAAUCCUCAAAAAAUUUAUGACGGAAAUGUUUGGCGCUGAUUUACCAUCGCACCGGCCUCACGGAGUCUUAGCUUUGGGUCAUAAUUAUCAACCACGCCCCAAAAUCUCGGAUGGACUGUGUCUAACUUUGUUAGUUUCUGUGCGGCUUCCACUGGAAGAAGUAGGAUUAAUCGAUAAAUAUUCAUGGUUUCAAGUGAGCUUGGAAGUGGCUGGUAUUCUCCUGUCGAGAAUGGGAAAAUUCCGCACUGUUCCACUCAACGUCGUUCGGACUUCAGAAUCUGACGCAUAAAAUGACUUCAAGUUCUUCCGUGUUUUCAUUUCGUUUAGUUACAGUAAACGUAGUGAAUUAUCUGAUGUUUUAUAGAAUUGUUAAUGCCGAAAAGUCUUCUGUUUUUAAAUGUUGCGUUUUAUUCCAGCUAUCAUUCUUCCGUCCAUUGGUACAUGUCUGUCGGCGUUGUGUAUAUUUAUGAAACUGUGACGAUUUCCAAUACUUUUAUUUAUACACAUGAAAAUACACAGUUGUUAACCUUC